AUGAGGGAGUAUGAUGAGAUCACCUCCUUCCUUGGCUCCUGGGGACGCUUCCAGAUGGUCAUCUUCUUCUCGCUGGCGUUCAGCAUCCUGCCUAAUGGCCUGGUUGGGGUGUACAUUGUGUUUGUGGGGGACACACCGCCCCACGAGUGUCUGAUACCCCCGGACAGUAACAUCAGCGAGGGCUGGAGGAACGUGAGCAUCCCCAUGGAAGAGGUGAACGGAGUGCUGAGACGGAGCUACUGCAGCAGGUACAAGCUGGACGCGCUCAGGAACUUCUCCUUGCUCGACCUAGACCCUCAUGUGGACGUGAACCUCAGUGAGGUCCCACUGGAGAGAUGCCUGGAUGGAUGGAAGUACAGCAAAGAGGUCUACCAGUCCACCAUCGUCACCGAGUGGGACCUGGUGUGCGAGAAUGAGCAUAAGGAACCUCUGACCAGCUCUAUCUACUUCCUGGGUGUGCUCGUGGGCACUUUUAUCUCAGGACAGUUAUCCGACAGGUAUGGUAGACGGCCUGUGAUGCUUGGCACCAUGGCUAUCCAGACACUGACCAUCUUCAUCCAGAUCUUCUCGCCCAACUGGGAGUUCUUCACCGCCAUCUUCUUCUUCAUAGGAGCCAGUGGAUUCUCCAACUACGUUGUUGCCUAUGUCCUUGGCACUGAGAUGCUGAGCCCAGCUGUUCGAGUGAUUUUCUGCUCCAUGGGUGUGUUCAUGGCCUCCAACAUUGGUCAGAUGCUCCUGCCUCUGUUCGCCUACUUCCUCAGGGACUGGAGGCUCCUGGUUAUUCCCAUGGCUGCCUCUGGAUUACUCUACAUCCCCCUCUGGUGGGUGAUUCCAGAGUCUCCGCGCUGGCUCCUGUCCCAGGGAAGGGUGGAGGAGGCUGAGGCCAUACUGAGGAAAGCAGCCAGGAUGAACAAGGUGGCCAUACCGGAUGUCCUCUUCACGACCGAUGAGAUCAUGGACUCCAAGGCAAAGAAGGAGAAGAAGCACAACCUGCUGGACAUCCUGAGGAGCUGCAAUGGUGUGUCCCUCAUCAUCAUCUGCUCCAUGAUCUGGAUGGUAAUAACGAUGGCCUACUAUGCCCUGCUGUUGAACACCACCAACCUGCACGGCAACAAGUUCUUCAACUUCUUCCUGUCCGCCGUUGUGGGGAUCCCUGCCUAUAUCGUGGCCAUGCUGUUACUGAAGUACUGCCCCCGCCGCUUCUGCCAGUCCUCCACUCUCAUCCUGGGUGGCACUGUCAUCCUAUUUAUUCAGCUCGUGCCCAGAGAUCUGCCAGAAAUAGCCGUCCUUCUGGAGAUGGUGGGCAAGUUUGGCAUCACGGCAGCCUUCUGUGUGGUUUACGCCGUGACCUCUGAACUCUUCCCCACUGUGGUGCGUAACAUGGCCAUGGGAACAUGCUCCAUGUCUGCCCGGAUUGGAUCCAUCAUCUCCCCCUUCGUCAUUUAUCUAGGAAAUUAUUACAAAUACAUUCCCUACAUCCUGAUUGGGAGUUUAGCUGUGUUGUCUGGCCUGCUCUGUUAUGUGCUGCCUGAGACGUUUGGAAAAGUUCUUCCAGAGACCAUCGCUGAGAUGCCAACAGUCAGAUGGUGA